AUGUUGUCCCACUCGGAGGACUUAAUUGCAACAGCAACACUCCCACCCAGAGGAGCUGCUUCCAUCAGCCACCCAGAGCCGAUGUUGUCCCACUCGGAGGACUUAAUUUUUUUACAGAAGCACUCCCACUCAGAGGAGCUGCUUCAUCAGCCACCCAGAGCCGAUGUUGUCCGACUCGGAGGACUUAAUUGCAACAGCAACACUCCCACUCAGAGGAGCUGCUUCCAUCAGCCACCCAGAGCCGAUCCACCCAGAGCCGAUGUUGUCCCACUCGGAGGACUUAAUAGCAACAGCAACACUCCCACUCAGAGGAGCUGCUUCCAUCAGCCACCCAGAGCCGAUGUUGUCCCACUCGGAGGACUUAUUUUUACAGAGGCACUCCCACCCAGAGGAGUUGCUUCCAUCAGCCACCCAGAGCCGAUGUUGUCCCACUCGGAGGACUUGAUUUUUUACAGAAGCACUCCCACCCAGAGGAGCUGCGUCCAUCAGCCACCCAAAGCCGAUGUUGUCCCACUCGGAGGACUGAAUUGCAACAGCAACACUCCCACCCAGAGGAGCUGCUUCCAUCAGCCACCCAGAGCCGAUGUUGUCCCACUCGGAGGACUUAAUUUUUUACAGAAGCACUCCCACUCAGAGGAGCUGCUUCAUCAGCCACCCAGAGCCGAUGUUGUCCCACUCGGAGGACUUAAUUGCAACAGCAACACUCCCACUCAGAGGAUCUGCUUCCAUCAGCCACCCAGAGCCGAUGUUGUCCCACUCGGAGGACUUAAUUUUUUUUACAGAAGCACUCCCACCCAGAGGAGCUGCUUCCAUCAGCCACCCAGAGCCGAUGUUGUCCCACUCGGAGGACUUAAUUUUUUACAGAAGCACUCCCACUCAGAGGAGCUGCUUCCAUCAGCCACCCAGAGCCGAUGUUGUCCCACUCGGAGGACUUAA